CGGCGCGUGGACCGUGGUCUACGCCGCGCGCGUGCACACGGCUCCGGCUUCCGGCGGCGGCGACGGCGCGUGGAGCUCGCGAGCCAUGUCGUGGCUCUUCGGCAUCAAGGGCCCCAAGGGCGAAGGCGCGGGGCCGCCGCUUCCCCUGCCGCCCGUGCAGCCCGGGGCCGAGGACGGCGGGGACCGCGGCACGGGGGACCGGCCUGCGCCCAAGGACAGAUGGAGCAACUUCGACCCGACGGGCCUGGAGCGCGCGGCCAAGGCGGCACGCGAGCUGGAGCACUCGCGACACGCCAAGGAGGCGCUGAGUCUGGCACAGAUGCAGGAGCAGACGCUUCAGCUGGAACAUCAGGCCAAGCUCAAGGAGUAUGAGGCCGCCGUGGAGCAGCUGAAGGGCGAGCAGAUCCGUGUGCAGGCCGAGGAGCGGAGGAAGACCCUGAGUGAGGAGACGCGGCAGCACCAGGCCAGGGCCCAGUACCAGGACAAGCUGUCCCGGCAGCGCUACGAGGACCAGCUGAAGCAGCAGCAACUUCUCAACGAGGAGAGCUUACGGAAGCAGGAGGCGUCCGUGCAGAAGCAGGAGGCCCUGCGGCGAGCCACCGUGGAGCGGGAGAUGGAGCUUCGGCACAAGAACGAGCUGCUGCGGGUGGAGGCCGAGGCGCGUGCCCGGGCCAAGGCUGAGCGCGACAACGCUGACAUCACCCGCGAGCAGAUCCGCCUGAAGGCUGCUGAGCGCCGCCAGACCAUCCUGGAGUCCAUCAGGACGGCGGGCACCGUGUUUGGUGAAGGCUUCCAUGCCUUUGUGACAGACUGGGACAAAGUGACAGCCACGGUGGCUGGGCUGACGCUGCUGGCCGCUGGCAUCUAUUCCGCCAAGAACGCCACGUCGACCAUAGGGCGCUAUGUGGAGACCCGGCUGGGGAAGCCGUCCCUGGUGCGGGAGACCUCUCGAAUCACGGUGCUGGAGCUGCUGAGGCACCCCGUGCAGGUCAGCAGGCGACUCCUCAGUAAGCCUCAGGACGCAUUGGAGGGCGUCGUCCUCAGCCCCAGCCUGGAGGCUCGCGUGCGGGACAUCGCCAUUGCCACGAGGAACACCAAGAAGAACAGGAGUGUCUACCGGAAUAUCCUGAUGUAUGGACCACCUGGGACUGGCAAGACACUGUUUGCCAAGAGACUCGCGCUGCACUCAGGCAUGGACUACGCCAUCAUGACGGGUGGGGAUGUGGCCCCCAUGGGGCGGGACGGCGUGACCGCCAUGCACAAGGUCUUCGACUGGGCCAGCACCAGCCGGCGAGGCCUCCUGCUCUUCGUGGACGAAGCAGAUGCCUUUCUCAGGAAGCGAGCGACCGAGAAGAUCAGCGAGGACCUCAGGGCCACCCUGAACGCGUUCCUGCACCGGACGGGCCAGCACAGCAGCAAGUUCAUGCUGGUCCUGGCCACCAACCAGCCCGAGCAGCUUGACUGGGCCAUCAAUGACCGCAUCGGCGAGAUGGUCGGCUUCGACCUGCCACGGCGGGAGGAGCGGGAGCGCCUGGUGAGAAUGUAUUUUGACAAGUAUGUUCUUAAACCAGCCACAGAAGGAAAGCAGCGCUUGAAGCUGGCCCAGUUUGACUACGGGAAGAAGUGCUCAGAGAUCGCACAGCUGACGGAGGGCAUGUCGGGCCGGGAGAUCUCCCAGCUUGCUGUGGCGUGGCAGGUUCACAGAAAAGUCGCAAGGCUAGCACAGCUCCCUCCACACUGUGGCCAUCUCACCACAUCCCUCGAUUCCACCUCAGACGUGAUCUCUCCCAGAACCCACCCAAAUGCCCAUGACGUUCAGCCCUCCUGUCUCAGGCUUCUCGGGGCUGUGACAGUUCUCAGACGUCCCUUGUUUCUGACGAUCCCGGCAGUUUUGAGGAGUGCUGCAGGACGUCCCUUGCUGGGUCUGUCUGAUAGCUUUCUCAUGAGUGGACUGGGAUUGUUGUGGGUUUUUGGAGGAGACCAGAGGUGAGGGCCCCUUCCAGCCACGUUGUAUCAGGGGGCCCCAGACAGCCACACGACAUCACAGGGAUGUUGGCCUGGAUCCCCUGGUUACCGUGGUGCCCACCUGGCUUCUCCGUGGUAAAGUUGCUGCACACCCUCUCCCUGCCCCUCCCCACCAGGGACCCCCUCUGGCUGCCACCCCACCUCCUCAGCUGCUUUGCAGAACCCGUGCUUCUCACGGGAGGCCUCAGGGACGGCCCCUCCCUCCACAGCUUCAGCCAGGCGCUGAGGACAGCCGUGUCCCGUGGACGGGGCCAGCCAGGGGGAGCAAAGUGACGGGUCAUCUCGGAGGGUGGGAGCUUGCUCCCUGCUGAGGGACCUGGAGAGAAACAGCUGGACUGGCUUGGGCUCCCUGCUCGGUGGAUGCUUAGUGCACGUGUCAGAGCCACGGGCUGGGUGACAGGAAGCAGAUGGGGCACUGGGUCACCCAGGAGGCGCUCAGCCUGGCCACAGGUCACCUGCCUUGGCAGCUGAAGUGCUGUGGACCACAGUGGGGCCCGGUGAGCCGAACUUUGGUUCCCCUGCCCACGUGCACAGCCGGGGAGCCUGGGCAGCGCGGGUGCGGAGCGCCGUGGGCGGCCUGGACUGCAGCAGCCCGCGGUUCUGGGAGAACCAUCUGCAGACAGUGGGGCCCCGGGUGCUCUGCGUGGAGGGCAGUUUGGCUGCGGGGGCUCUGCCUCUCCUCUGUGUCUGCGUGGCCUGUGGUUCUGUAGGCUGCUCCCUGGCCUGGAGCGCAGCCCUGCUGUCCCCGGGGCAGGGCCCUCCGGUCUGCGGUUGGGGGCUGGGCUGCUCCCUGACAGCGGGCCUCUGGGUUUCUCUUCUUCGAAAGUCACUGAGAAAGCCAGCGAGCAGGCAGCCCUGGCGCCAGCCGGGGACGCGGGCAGGGCCCCGGGUGUUGCAGGGAUGGCGGCUGCUCUGGGCUGCAGGGUCGCCUGUGAGCACGUGUGUGCCGCCACAUGUCGGCGUGCACCUGCGCAGCCAGUCCCCUCCUGCAGCUGAGCGCAGGCCCGGGAGAGCAGCCCACGCUUUGCCCCCACCUGCCCCUGCCCCAGAGGAGUUGGGUUCUGGAGGGCGUCUCCACGGUGGGCGGCAAGUGCGGCAAGGAUGGGGCUGUCCAGGCUGCCUUGUCCCCGCGUCAGGCCCUGGCCUACACGGGUGAGUGGUGACUGGUGGACCCUGAGAAGCCUCAGGCUGAGGCCCUUCCCCCACGCGGGCAGCCCCUCUGCUGCCUUGCCUCAGUGCUCUCUUCCCC